CCCUCCCGGCGCGGGCCUCCAGGGCCCGCUGGCCCCCCGCGGGCAGGCGGUGUUCGGGCACCACCGCGCUAGGAGCCAGCAGCUGCCAGCCCGUCCGCCAGCUGGGGCCAUGGGCUGCGACGGCCGCUUGUCGGGACUGCUCCGCCGCAACCUGCAGCCCACGCUCACCUACUGGAGCGUCUUCUUCAGCUUCGGCCUGUGCAUCGCCUUCCUGGGGCCCACUCUGCUGGACCUGCGCUGCCAGACGCACAGCUCGCUCCAGAUCUCCUGGGUCUUCUUCUCCCAGCAACUCUGCCUCCUGCUGGGCAGCGUCAUCGGGGGCGUCUUCAAGAGGACCCUGGCCCAGUCACUGUGGGCCCUCUUCACCUGUUCUCUGGCCAUCUCCCUGGUGUUUGCCGUCAUUCCCGUCUGCAGUGACGUGAAGGUGCUGGCCUCCGUCAUGGCACUGGCGGGCCUGGCCAUGGGCUGUAUUGACACUGUGGCCAACAUGCAGCUGGUGAGGAUGUACCAGAAGGACGCGGCCGUCUUCCUUCAGGUUCUCCAUUUCUUUGUGGGCUUUGGGGCUCUGCUGAGUCCCCUGAUUGCUGAUCCCUUCCUGUCGGAGGCCAGCUGCUUGCCUGCCAAUAGCACCGCCAACGCCAGCUCCCGCAGCCUCCUCUUCCAUGCCUCCAGAGUCUUGGGCCAGCCCCACAUUACAGCCCGGCCUUGGUCCAACCAGACGCUGCCUGGGGUGUCCCCACAGGAUGGGGCAGGGACCCGCAUAUCGUACGCCUUCUGGAUCAUGGCCCUGAUCAACCUCCCAGUGCCCAUGGCUGUGCUGUAUCUGCUGUCCAAAGAGCGGCUGCUGACCUGCUGCCCUCAGAGGAGGCCCCUGCUCCUGUCUGCAGAUGAGCUCGCCCUGGAGACACAGCCUCCUGAGAAGGAAGACGCUUCCUCGCUGUCCCCAAAUAUUCAGCCACACCCAGCGCAUGAGGACCUGUUCAGUUGCUGCCAAAGGAAGAACUUCAAAGGAGCCCCUUAUUCCUUCUUCGCCAUCCACAUCACAGCUGCCCUGGUCCUGUUCAUGACCGAUGGGAUGAUGGGGGCAUAUUCCACCUUUGUGUACAGCUAUGCAGUGGAGAAGCCGCUGUCCUUGGGACACAAGGUGGCCGGUUACCUCCCCAGCCUCUUCUGGGGCUUCAUCACCCUGGGUCAGCUUGUCUCCAUUCCCAUCUCCUCCAAAGUGAACCCAGCCACCAUGGUUUUCAUCAAUGUGGUCGGCGUGGUGGUGACAUCCUUGGUGCUUCUUGCUUUCCCCUACAACGUCAUCUUCCUGUUCGUGGGGACAGCCAUUCUGGGCCUGUUCCUCAGCAGCACCUUCCCCAGCUUGCUAGCCUACACUGAGGACAUUCUGCAGUACAAAGGCUGUGCAACCACAGUGCUGGUGACAGGGGCAGGAGUUGGCGAGAUGUCUCUCCAGAUGCUGGUUGGUUGGUUAUUCCAGGCUCAGGGCAGCUACAGUUUCCUGGUCUGUGGCGUGAUCUUUGGUUGCUUGGCUUUUACCUUCUACAUCUUGCUCCUGUUUUUCCACAGGAUGCACCCUGGACGCUCAUCAGUUCCUAUCCAGGACAAACCACUUGGAAUGGAAAGCUUGGAGUGCUACCAGAGGUAAAACUAGGUGAAGGAGACAGGCGAAGACAUCCAGCCUCUUGAGCGCCAGCAGAGACCAAAUGUGUGGAAGAAAGCUGGGGUGGCAGUGGAAGCAAUCUCUCCAUGCUUUGGUUCAGAUGUUCCCCACUAUAUACUUGUGUAUAAGAAAUUAAAUUGAGUUCUGGUACCUGGGUCCUCCCUGGGCCAAUCAUUAGUUUACUGGCUAUUCCAGUUACCUUCCUUUUCCCUGUUUCACUUUUGCUAAGCACUGUCCAUACGAGCUGUCCAGGAUGCCCAGAUGGGAACGCGACACCAUCUGCUUCACUCCACUGGUCCCUCCUGCAUGGACCACGCCCUGGGUUUGAAGAUCACUCUUAGUUGAAGUUUGAAAAAAAUAGGUUGAAAUUGUAAAGCUCAACAGUGAUUAUUGCUAUAUGUAGAUAUAUUUUAAAUUAAUCAAAACAAACCCUAAGUUAUUCCGUGGCAUGCUCACAAGAUUUAUGUGCUUUUAUUAAUUGUCCAAAGUCCCACCAAUUCCUGCUGCUAUCAGUAAUUCAUCCAUAAUGUAAAACAGCAAAAGGAAAAGUUGAAUCUUGCUAUCUUUGGGAUGCUAAUUCAGUGGUAUGUGGGGCUAGCUCAUACCAGCUUAUAAAAGCUGAAUGUGAAAAUUUCAUUUUGAGAGCUGGUGGUUAAAUGCAGCCAUUAUUAAAAAUUGAAUUAGACACUUUAAAUUACUUUAAAAGCAAAGGUAAUAGCUACUCAAAACUCAUCACUAAUUUUUCUGUAUCUAUGCUCUUGAGGUGGUUUAUGACAAUUAUCUAUGGUGGAAAUAUUAAUAUAUAGUAUAUAUAUAAAAGGAUGCUUCCGUGCAUCUCUUUCAAUUCCACUUUCAGUGAUAACGUGUUGGUGGCUUGAGAACAGACAUGGUGGGAGUAUUUAUACCCCAUUAAUUGGCAAAAGCUACAAAUCAUGGCUUCCCCUCACCCCGCCGAGAGCCAGCUGUUAAAAACUUUUACCAGCACGCCCCUGCUAGUAACCAAUGCUAUUGUUCCAGAAGUUGCCAGGGAGAAUGGGAUGUUGUAUUUUUCUUUACUGACAUUGACUAGCUUAUAAAAGUUCUAAAAACUUCACUAAGAAUUUCUCAAAAAUACCUAAUUUAAAUUUUGCAUCUCCUGUAGAGAAAAACACUUUACAGGCAUACCUCAAGGGUGUUUAUUGCAGGUUUGGUUCCAGACCACUGCAAUAAAGUAUCGCAAUAAAGCGAGCUGUAAUCUUUUUGCCGGUGGAGGGUCUUACCUUCAAUUUGUAAAAAAAAAAAAAAAAAAAAUCUGUGAAACACAGUAAGUGAGGCACAAUAAAACGAGGUAUGCCUGAAUACCAUGUCAAGUUCUUUAACAAAAGUAGGACUACUGAACAAUUCAAGCUGUGUAGUAUACUGAAAGCAGUGCCUGUCUGUCAAGGAAUAACAGCUCCUGUCCAGAGCACAUACUGCAGUAAUGCAGAGAGAAGGCAAACUCAGCAACUUGGAAAGAAAAGGACUCUAAGACCACUGUAGGUUGUGAAAUGGCUAUUUACAGUGACUUGUGUUUAUUAGUUUACCUGCACUUCUCUGUGUAUAUACAAAUAGACAAAUAGACACACAUAAAAAGUAAGUGGAGCAUGAUUCUUAGCAAUCUGUCCAAGAGUGUGAUUCACGUGCCCAUCAUUAAAAUGUCUGUCCUGGAACUAUAGGCACUGUCACGCAAGCCAGCGCCAUCUGCCAGCAGCAGGUGUGGUGAUGACGAUGUGGCUGCUGAGAGACCUGCUUCAAGCACGGGACUCACCUUCGGGCUCUGUGGUCCUGGGCAGAUCACGGAGGCUGUUCCAGCCUUUUUUUUUUUUAAAUCUGUAAAAUGACAUUUCAAAAACCCUUACCCUACCUCAAAGGAAUUCUGAAUUAAGUGAAUUUGUGUAAAACAAUUAUUACAUGCCUGAUACAGGAAUUGCUUAAUAAAUGUUAGCAAUUUUUAUUUUUAAAACAUCCUUAUAAGCAAGUUAGAAAUUGUUCAUGUUUGGUGCGUAUUUAUUGUAAUUCAAAUAGAUCCAAAUUCUUUUGAAAGCUGGUGGCCUAGGAGUAUAGUUUUCAUUACGUCUGUAAAUGCUUAAAAGUGUUAGAUGCUAGCCAAACUUAAAUGUGCAACCUAACUGUAGAGUGACUGACCUGAGCAAAAAGAAAACGGCUGUAUUUUUCUUGUGGUUUUUCAAGAAAACCACUUUUUUACACAGAUUUAGAAGAAUCAAUGGCUACAUCUAAGGUGAUGGUGAUUAAUUUGUGAAUAUAAAAAAAUGACUGAAACAAAUCUAAGAGUGCCUUUUCUAAAAUAAAAUAUU